AUGCAAAAGCACAAGGCUCACGUUGUUAUUGUCCCAGCUUCUUUUGCCCCAUCAUCGCUCUACUCGGAGUUUGUGCGGCGUCUCUUAGAAUAUGGGGUGAGUGCAACUACUAUUGACCUUCCCUCCGUUGGAAAUCGCGAUCCAUUGCCAGCUGCAUCGAUGACGGAAGAUGCCGAGCACAUCAAGAUGGUGACGACGAAGCUAGCGGAUAAUGGCCAUGAGAUCAUCCUCUUGAUGCACUCCUACGGCGGGGUAUGUGGCACUGAAAGCACUGCGGGGACUUCAAAGGCUGAGCGGCAAGCCAUGGCGAAACCUGGGGGGGUAUCAUUCAUCUCGUCUACAUCAGCUCUCCAGUACCUGAAGUGGGUGGAUCUAUCAUGA